AUGCCAGACUUUACAGAUAAAUUACGUCCCAAACAGCCUGACGGCCCGGAGAUCCUGACCCUCGAGCGAGUGGGCUCCGACAUAGCCAUAGGGGAAUUGGCACACCAUCUUCUGGGCCAGGACGGUUUCCUCGAGCGCCAGACGCGCAUUCUCCCCAUCGUCCAGAAAGAGCCAUUAUUUGACAAGACACGGCAACAGAAUCUGUCACGCCCCGAGCGUUUCAAGCUCGCUCUGGCGCGGGCUAAACAGCUACGCCGGCUGUCGGACCAACAUGUCUGGACUCUCCAGGAGUACAAGCUGGCGGAGUAUCUCGUCGACGACGUCUCGCCAUACAUGCUGCAGAUGGAAAUGUUUGCGACAACCAUUGAAGAACAGGGCACCGAUGCGCAACGUGCCCACUGGAUGCCUCGCGUCGAGUCGUGGCAGGUCGUCGGUGCCUACGCGCAGACGGAACUAGGCCAUGGGAGCAAUGUCCGUGGCCUCGAGCUCGAGGCUCGCUGGGAUGGAGAGAACAAGGGAUUUGUCUUACACAGUCCGACCCUCACGGCCAGCAAGUGGUGGAAUGGAACGCUGGGCCGUACGGCCAAUCAUGCUAUCGUCGUGGCGCAACUGCUGCUACCGCAUCCAAACUCCCCCGAUCAGUUCGUCUCGCAUGGUCCGCAGCCGUUCAUCAUUCAAGUGCGCGACAUGACCACUCAUCAACCCCUCGACGGGAUCAUAAUUGGCGACAUUGGGCCCAAAUACGGCUACGCCACCAUGGAUAACGCCUAUAUGCUGUUCGAUAACUUCCGGAUUCCCCAUUCUGCCCUUCUUAGUCGCUACGCAAAUGUUGAUCCAGACACGGGCCACUUCUCCAGACACGCCAUGCCAGCCGUAGUAUAUGGCUCGCUCACAGCCGUGCGCUCACGCAUCGUGCAGCACGCGCGGUUAGUCCUAGCACGAGCCGUCACCGUCGCCGUCCGAUACACAGCGAUUAGACGACAAUUCCGAGACCGCGACGCGCCAGAUACAGCACCCGAGCUGAGCGUGCUGGACUAUCCCACCGUUCAGAUCCGGAUCCUGCCCCUGCUAGCGACGACAUACGCGCUGCACUACGUGGGACAGGCCAUGCAGACGACGUACGAGCGCACGCGGAGCGAGAUUGAAUCUGGGAGUUUUGCCAGCUUGGCUAACAUGCAUAGCAUGUCGUCUGGGCUGAAGAGUCUAUGCACGAUGCUGGUCGCCGAUGGCAUCGAGGUUUGCCGUCGUGCUAUGGGCGGUCAUGGCUACGGCGGUGGGAGUGGGCUCAUCCAGCUCAACAAUGAUUACUUGUCCAAGCCGACUGUCGAGGGAGAUAAUUGGAUGAUCACGCAGCAGACGGCGUCGUAUCUCAUUAAAAAGAUGUCUGCUGCGGUGGCGGCGGUGGACGACCCCCCUGCGGACGCGCUGGAUGGCCAGUAUAAGCUGUUUCUGCAGGGCCGCGCGAGGGGCGGGCCAUAUCGUAUCUUCCACGAGGAUUAUGAUCUCGUGCGGAGUUUCCAGCGAAGGGCGACUGUGUUGACACAUAAUGCGUAUAUCGAACGAGUCGUCAAACAGAGAUCAUGGAGCAGUCUUAUGAUCCAGCUGCACAAGCUCAGUCGUGCCCAGUCGCAGUCCAUCUUGGUGUCUACCUUCUUCGACGCGCUCGACUCCGAGGACAAUCUCAAUCUCUCCGAACCGCUGAGGCGUGUCCUGUGGGACCUGUUCCGUUUGUUUGCGCUGACCACCAUGGAAACCGACAGCUAUGACUUCCUCGCCUCAAAGGCUGCCUCAGGCGCACAACUUGAUACUCUUCCCGGGCGUAUCCAGGAGCUCAUGGGACGCAUUCGGCCGCAUGCGGUCAGUCUGGUAGACGCGUGGAUGAUCCCAGACUUUCUUCUUGAUAGUGCUCUGGGACGCUAUGACGGACGCGUAUACGAGGAUCUCUUCAAUCGAGCCCAUCGACAGAAUCCACUCAACCGGAUGACUGUCAAUCCUAAUUAUUGGGAGGAUGAAAUUGUCAAGGGCGGGGAUGAUAUGAAGAGUAUACGGACAAAGCUGUGA